GUUCUUUCGAAUACGAAAAUGAGGGAAGCUACUGUCUAGUUAGGAUAUGGUAUUUUUAAAAUAAUUUUAGCCGUGUUUGCUGAGGAAAUUUGUCAUGAGCUAAGAAGAAAUUAGGAUGAAUAAAAAGAUUUGGUCAUUCAUCGCCUUGAUUCUGAAGUUUUCAAUUAAUUUGUUAUCAUCCUCUUAUACACUUAUUAUCGCUCUUACUAUCCUUUUUCUGAUAUUCUCAAAGCCUCAUUAUGAAAGUGUUGUGUGCCCUUCAGUAUUCAAAUCCAGAGUCCCGACUAAAAGAUAUUCAAUCUACGAUCCUCCUUUCGAAGUUGACUGCACUGCAUUUUUUUCACAGUCUCCGACAAGAACUUCGGAACUCUUAAGGAUGAGAGAUUAUAAAUGGUGCUACCGACCUAAUGCCAUAUCUGACAGUGAAUAUAUCGACAUGACGAAAGAUUGUAAGAAGUUUAAAAUGGACAGAGGUUAUAACAAGUUCAAAUCCUCAAAAGAAGAGAAGAAGUUCCCUAUUGCAUAUUCAAUUCUUGUUUAUAAGUCAGCGGAGCAAACCGAACGUUUACUUAGAGCAAUUUAUCGCCCUCACAAUGUUUAUUGUAUUCACGUUGACGCCAAAGCAUCUGAAAGUAUGCAAAGUGCCAUCAAGUCAAUAGGUAAGUGCUUUCAAAACGUUUUGACGAUUGAAAAUCCUAUAUCUGUCCGGUGGGCUGAAAUAACUGUUGUUCAGGCUGAACUAAUGUGUCUCAAGAAACUGUACAAUUCAACAACAAAAUGGAAAUACCUUAUAAAUUUAACAGGACAAGAUUUUCCAUUAAAAACCAACAAACAAUUGGUAAAAAUCUUGCAUGCUUUCAAUGGGGGCAACGAUGUUGAUGGCACCCCCCACAAACGUCCUAUCGCAUGGACCGAAUAUUCUUGGAGAACAGAGUGGUGGAGAACUAACUCUCGAAAGGGUCCUGUACCGCACGAAGUUCUUAUAACUAAAGGAUCGGCUCAUAUGGCAGUAUCUAGAAAAUUCAUAGGAUAUGUUCUAAACUCAAAAAUCGCUCGUGAUUUGUUGUAUUGGAUGGCUGACAUUAGAGUUCCUGAUGAACACUAUUUCUCAUCUCUUAAUCAUUCUCCUCAUCUUAAAGUUCCUGGCUCUUACAAAGGUAAUCCUGAUUUAAAACCAUUUGUUUCCAGAUAUAAAAUUUGGUGGACCAAGGUUGAAAAAUGCAGCGGAACAUGGCAAAGGUUUAUCUGCAUUAUCGGAUUAGGGGAUUUAUAUAGACUAGCAGAUAGGUACGAAUUGUUUGUAAACAAAUUUGAUAUAGAUCAAGAUCCCUUAACUCUCAGCUGCAUGGAAGAGUGGUUCUACAAGCGAAAUGAAGAGAAAACUGAUUUAAAUGUUUCAUUCUACAAAAAUUUACCCUUUGUAAAAAAUCAUGUAUAA